AAGAAUGGGAAGAAGCGUGAAAAGACACAUCCGAUGGUUUUAGAAGCCUCUGGUUUUCAUUAUCUGCAUUGAAGUUUUCUCCUUCGAAUACCCCCAUUUUCCUUAUCUCCCUGUCCUCGGAUUCUUCCCCUCUUCUCGCUUGUUACCUUGGAAAUUCGUCAAUUUGCUUGCCCAAAAUCCAAUGGGGAAGAUGGGAUUGUUUGAUCUUGAGAGGCACUUCGCCUUCUAUGGUGCCUAUCACAGCAACCCAGUUAACGUCUUUCUACAUAUGUUGUUUGUGUGGCCUCUCUUCUUCACGGCUCUUGUUCUUUUCUACUUCACGCCUUCUUUCUUGAUUCUGCCCCAAAUCGGGUUGCUCCCAUCUGGGUUCAAUCAUACCUUUCUUUUGAAUUUUGGGUUCCUAUUUACUUUGAUUUAUUCUUUGUUUUAUGUGUUGUUGGAUAAGAAAGCUGGGUGUUUAGCUGCUUUACUCUGCUUCAGUUGUUGGGUUGGAAGUAGUUUUCUUGCUAGUUAUCUUGGGUUUUCUCUGGCCUGGAAGGUUGUUCUGGCGUCUCAGUUGUUCUGUUGGACAGGACAGUUCAUAGGCCAUGGUGUGUUUGAGAAACGAGCACCAGCUCUUUUGGACAACCUUGCUCAAGCCUUUAUAAUGGCUCCUUUCUUUGUAUUACUUGAGGCUCUUCAAACCACCAUUGGAUACGAACCAUAUCCCGGAUUCUCUAAAAAUGUGAAAGAAAAGAUUGGAGCUGAUAUCAAGGAAUGGCACGACAAGAAACAAAAGAAAAUUUCUUAGCUUCAAUCAGUUGGGUCUGAUCUGAUACUUUAGUUUCAAGUACAAUUCUAUGGGCAGAUAUUAAGAAUUGGUUUGUGCACAUGUUGUCAAACUGAUGUAUUUAUAAAUAAAAGUUUGCUGGACAACUCGUUAAGAGCUUCUGAA